AUGGUCGAGGCGCAAGGGGCGCAGGUGGAAGGCACGCGGAAGCAGCAGCGGGCUGAGGUGGCGCAGGCAGAGGCAAUAGUAGUCCGGGCGGGCGAGUCUGGACUCUUCCUCACGGGAAUGCGCGUCGUGGUGGGCGGCUCGUCCAACAACGUCGUCAAUAAGGUCAACUUCCCUCAGGUUGAGGAGAAUGUGAGGCGCGCAGGGGGAACGGUGCUGCCCGCUUAUGACCCUGCCUGCUCCCUCGUGAUCGUCGAUGACCUCACCAUGUUCCCAUCUGUGGACUGUGGUAACCAUAAUGCACCACCUGGGAAUGUGGUAACUCACCUGUCACAUGUUGCAGGUGUCUCCCAUUCCUUUGCCACCUGCACCCUCUUUGCCACCUGCACCCUCUUUGCCACCUGCACCCUCUUUGCCACCUGCACCCUCUUUGCCACCUGCACCCUCUUUGCCACCUGCACCCUCUUUGCCUCCUGCACCCUCUUUGCCACCUGCACCCUCUUUGCCACCUGCACCCUCUUUGCCACCUGCACCCUCUUUGCCACCUGCACCCUCUUUGCCACCUGCACCCUCUUUGCCACCUGCACCCUCUUUGCCACCUGCACCCUCUUUGCCACCUGCACCCUCUUUGCCACCUGCACCCAUGCCGUGCAGCCCUCACAUGUCUUUUCUCCCCAGCAGGUCACUCCAUGUGCGAGAACAGCAAUUGUGCGAGGGCAGAGAGCAUGGGAGAGCAUGGUGGUGGAGGACGACCUGUGUGUGAGGGCGGAGAGCGACGGCAAGGUGGUGGUCACUGCCAGGUGGCUCGCCCACUGCCUCCGCCACUCCCGCAUCCUGCCCCUCUCCUCGGUACGCCAUUCUCGCAUCCUGCCCUUCUCCUCGGUGCGUUUAGAUUCUCCGGCUCCUGCCCCUCUCCUCGGUGCUGCAUCGCCCAAUGCGGUUCAAAGGAGUCAUUCCCGGUGCCAUGUGGCUGGUGUUGUGGUGCUGCAUCGCCCCAUGCGGUUCAAAGGAGCCAUUCCCGGUGCCCAGCGGCUGCUGCUGAGCGUCACAGGCUACAGUGGCAGCUUGCGGCGAGAUGUGGUGCCCAUGCUCCACCGUCCACCUUCGUUUCUCCACAGAAUGCAAUGCAUCAUGCAUCUGCCCUCCCCCCGCAUGCACGUUUCACUAUCUGCUCAUCUGCUUCUCUGCAUCCUUCCUGCCACAUGUCUCCUGCCAGCCCAUGCUCCACCCUCCACCUUUGCUUCUCCACAAAAUGCACCACGCAUCUGCCUCCCCCCCACGCAUCUCCCUCCCCCUCCCCCAUCUGCCUACCCCCGCAUCUGGCCCCUCCUCCCGCAUCUGCCCCCCGCCCCUGCGUGCCCCACCGUGCAUGUGCCACCACGCAUGUUCCCACAUAUCUGUCCCUCUGCUGCCAGGCAGGAAGUGCGAGCAUCUCUGUGUAUCCCUCUGCAUCGCUCUGCAUCCCUCUGCAUCCCUCUACCCUCCUCGUACCCAUCACAGUUUGAGGGAGUGGAGGCUGGUGCCAGAGGAGCGAUACUCCGCCAGGUGAGAAGAGAUGCACACACCUGCUGUCACCGCCUCUCCCUCUGCACACAUUCUCUUGUCACCGCUUCUCCCUCUGCACACAUUCUCUUGUCACCGCUUCUCCCUCUGCACACAUUCUCUUGUCACCGCUUCUCCCUCUGCACACAUUCUCUUGUCACCGCUUCUCCCUCUGCACACAUUCUCUUGUCACCGCUUCUCCCUCUGCACACAUUCUCUUGUCACCGCUUCUCCCUCUGCACACAUUCUCUUGUCACCGCUUCUCCCUCUGCACACAUUCUCUUGUCACCGCUUCUCCCUCUGCACACAUUCUCUUGUCACCGCUUCUCCCUCUGCACACAUUCUCUUGUCACCGCUUCUCCCUCUGCACACAUUCUCUUGUCACCGCUUCUCCCUCUGCACACAUUCUCUUGUCACCGCUUCUCCCUCUGCACACAUUCUCUUGUCACCGCUUCUCCCUCUGCACUCUCAAAGUCUGUGUCACCACAGCAGCCAUGCCAGCCAUGCCCGCAUCCAGUGACUCGUUCUCCCCAUCUCCCUCUCCUGCUCACCAUUCUCCCCCAUUGCUUCUGGACCUUCAGCAGUUUGCCGGAGUGGAGAAGAGGCAUAGCUGCAGCGGCUGCAGGAGGCGACAGCACUCGUGCCAUGCAUUCAAUUAUUCUUUUCCAUGCUUCCCACGCCCCAUUUAUCCCAUACCCUAUUCAUUUCUUGCCCCAUGCAUUCCAUGCACUUGUGCUCACCAGUGGAGAAGAGGCAGAGCUGCAGCAUCUGCGGGAGGCAGCAGCAGUCAUGCCAUCCAUCGACUCAUUCUUUUCCAUGCUUCCCACGCCCGAUUCUGGAGAGGAGGCAGAACUGCAGAGGCUGCAGGAGGCAACAGCAGCGGCAGCAGCAGCAGUGGAGGCUCAGCUGCGAGCUGCUGCCUCGCAGGCCUCUGCCACCACGCCCGCAACUCAAACAGAUGUUGUCGCUACAGCCGGUGCUGCAGCUGGUGGUGUCGCUACUGCCGGUGCCACUACAGCCGGUGCUGGCAGGGGUGGCAGGGGUGGUGCUACAGCCGGUGGUGCUACAGGUGGUGCUACAGGUGGUGCUACAGGUGGUGCUACAGGUGGUGCUACAGGUGGUGCUACAGGUGGUGGUGCGGUGGGUGGGCCGUCAGCGCGCUGCAUGGCAGGUGGUGACGCUAUUUCCGGUUGUUCAAGGGAUCAUGCUGCCAAUGCACAUGGUGCCGAGGGGAAUCGAGUUAUUACGACAGAUGAAGUCGGUGCUGCACAUGCCAACGGAGGCUCGUUAAAGGUGGCUGCAGCCGAGGCUGUGGUGGGGAGGACAGCCAAUCACACUACUCGUGCCACUAAUGCCACUCGUGCGACGCAUGCCACUCCUGUCACUCAUGCGACGUCUGUCGUUUGUGCUGCUAAUGCUGAAGCUGCGCCUGGUGCUGCUGGUGUUGUUGUGGGAGAUGGAAGGGGCAAAGCGGCAGGUGGGGCGGUGGGUUGUGAGGGGAGGGGCGAUGCGGCAGGUGGGGCGGUGGGUUGUGAGGGGAGGGGCGAUGCGGCAGGUGGGGCGGUGGGUUGUGAGGGGAGGGGCGAUACGGCAGGUGGGGCGGUGGGUUGUUGGGGAGGGACGGAAGCGGAAAGGGCAGGUGGUGCAAACGCAGGGGAGAGUGGUGGGGUGAGGGUGGGGGUUAGAGAGGCGGAGGGGGGUGUGUUGAGAGGUGUGGGAAUACAGAGUGCUGGGGCAGUGGAUGUAGGCUGUGAGGCACGCAGGGGAAUUGCAGGGGGUAGGGAGGGGUUUGGGAAGGCAGUUGACAGGAUGGUGAGAGAACCUGGAGGUGGUUGUAUGAGGCGAGAGGAGGGAGAGGGAGAGGAGGGUAGAGGAGAGGAAUGGAGGGUGGUGGAGCGUGUGGAAGGGGAGGAGGAGGGUAAUGAGGAUAUGAAGGAAGAGGGGGAGGAAGAAGAGGAAGGGGAGGAGAGAGGAGAUGAGGAAGGAGAGGAGAAGGGGGAAGCGCAAGGUGAGGAGGGAGGGGAGGAGGUGCUUUGUGGGCAAGAAGACAUGGAGGAUGCGGAAACUGAGGAGGAGAGAGAGGAGGAGGGAGAGGAGGAGGGAGAGGAGGAGGAAGAGUGGUGUGAGAAAGGGGAUGAGGAGGAGGAGAUGGGACAGAGGGACAUGUGGCAGCGACUAGAUGAGGUGGAAACUGGGGAGGGCAGGGAAGUGCGAGUGAGGAAUGGUGGGGAGGGCGAGGGGAGUAAGGGCGGGGAGGGUGAUGGGGGUGAAGAGGCGGAGGGUGAGGGGGGAGAAGGGGCGGAGGGUGAGGGGGGUGAAGGGGGGGAGCCGUCCCCUGAUCCACAGGGGCGUGAGAGGCAAGCUGGGGGAAGUGAGGGGGGUGAGAGUGGGGAGGGCGAGGGGAGUGGUGUGGGCGGGGAGCAGUCCCCUGGUCCACAGGGCGUUGUUGUGAACCUGAGAGGCGUCUUUGACUCUGUGAGCGAGGGGACAGGCGGUUCAGUAGUGGCUGUGGCAGGUGGUGUGGCAGAUGGUGUGGCAGGUGGUGUGGCAGGUGGUGUGGCAGGUGGUGUGGCAGGUGGUGUGGCAGAUGGUGUGGCAGGUGGUGUGGCAGGUGGUGUGGCAGGUGGUGUGGCAGGUGGUGUGGCAGGUGGUGUGGCAGGUGGUGUGGCAGGUGGUGUGGCAGGUGGUGUGGCAGGUGGUGUGGCAGGUGGUGUGGCAGGUGGUGUGGCAGAUGGUGUGGCAGGUGGUGUGGCAGGUGGUGUGGCAGAUGGUGUGGCAGGUGGUGUGGCAGGUGGUGUGGCAGGUGGUGUGGCAGGUGGUGUGGCAGGUGGUGUGGCAGGUGGUGUGGCAGGUGGUGUGGCAGAUGGUGUGGCAGGUGAGCGUGCUACAGGCAGGCGUGCUACAGCUGGAGUGGUGAGUUCACUUCAGGCAAGCGGGCAAGGAAGUGUGGCUGCUGAUGUGGCAGAUGCAGCCGGUGAUGUGGCUAGCGUGGCAGCUGGCACUGGGAAUGUUCCGGUUCCAACGACCGAGAAAACAUCGCAAGUGAAAGUUUGCCAGCAGCAGCAGCAGCAAGAGGAACACGAGGAGCGAGCUGCCGAAUCAAUGGCAGCAGCAGUACCUUCGCCAACCGCGCAGCAAUCACAGCCACUGCGCCUGAGUGGCAUGCACGCGGGCAUAGGCAUGGCGGUGGAUAUGGGUGGACUGAGCUGCAGCUCCGGCCGUGCUGCUUCUGCUGCUGCUGCUGGAAAACGUGCAGAGGGGAGAGGGUGUAGCGGCAGAGGUGAGGAGAGUGCGGGGGUGCUGGUGAGCAGUGGCAAGCGUGCAGGGCCCAGCAGGCAGGGUGGGAAGCUCCCAGUGAGGCGUCUCAGGGAGGAGCAGAGAGGCGGCAGUGGGGAGAGGGUGGAUUGUGCUUCUCAACGUUGUAGUCCGGUAGAGAGGGGUGCAGGUAGCAGUGAGGAGAGGGCGGAUCGUCCUUCUAAACGUUCCAGUUCGGUGGAGAGGGAUGCAGGUGGCAGUGGGGAGAGGGUGGGUGGCCCUCAGGCUAGGUCGAUGCACGAGGAGAGUGGCGGCUGUGGUGAUGGCAUGGAUGCAAAGGAGGGGGUGGCAAGGGGGGAUGAGGGUGGUGUUGUGAAGGGAGGGGGUAUUGAUGAUGGUGCGAUGGGAGGGGGGAGUGACAAGGGUGGUGCAACGGGAGGGGGGGUUGAGGGUGGUGUUGUGAUGGGAGGAGGGACUGGUGAUGGUGGGAUGGGAGGGGGAAACGACAAUGGACUAGCUGAUGCUAGGAAGGCAUGUGGUGGUGAUGAGGGGGGUAAGAGUGAGGGGGUGGACUGUGAGGGGAGGAACAGUGACGGGGGAAACAAUGAAGGUGAAAAACUUGCUAUGUGCAAUAAGGAUGUUGUCAAGCCUGUAUGCAAUGAUGAUGAAACGGAUAGUAGUGGUAACGAGUAUGGGGUUAAUGCUGGCGGAGGGAAAGAAAACGAGGCUGCUUGUAAGGGGGAUGAGGACGAGGACGGGCCGGUCGUCUCCUCUCUUCCUGAUUGGCUGCAGGGCGAUGUGGUCAUUGGCCACGUGGCACCCUCCCCAUUGGUCAAAACGUUCCACCGGAGAAAGCCGGCAGGAGGGAAGGAGAAUGUUGAGAAGACGAGUCUUGCAAAGACAGAUCUUGAAAAGGAGGUGUGUGGAAAGGGGUUGGUGAGGGGCGAGGGCAAGGGGAAGAGGGGGGAACGAGGAGAGGGGAGAGGAGGAGGCAGGGGACGCGGCAGAGGUGUGGAGAGGAAGAAGGAUGGGCCACUUUCAUUGGCUGUGGAGGGCGGAGAGGAGGGGGGACAGGAGGGGAGUGGAGGGAAGAAGGAUCGAGGGGAGAGGGAUGGGGGCGGGAAGAAGAGGAAGGGAAGUGAGCGACGAGAGGGGAAGAGGCGGCGGAAUGAGGAGGGGGUGGAUGGAAGGGAGGUGGAGGAAGGGGAGGUUCGGGUGGAUGAUAUGGAUGAAGGGCCGAGAUGCGAUGGAGAGGGAUGGGGGAGGUUGGAGGGCGGUGCUGCAGCUGGGGAAGGGGAGGAUGUAGUGUUGGGUGUGGUGGGGGAGUGGAAGGGGAGGGAGUCGGUGAAAGGAAAGGUGCGUGGUGGUGGCAAGGAGAGGGAGAGGGAACGGGAAACGGAGGUCCGGACAAAACGUCGAGAAGAUGAGAGGGAGGUGAGGACGAAACGCCGAGAGGAUCCCUUGAGUGAUCGGGGGCGGUGGGGAGAGGAGUUUGCUGCACGAAGGCCGGAGUGUGGAGUGAGCGAGGGGGAGAGAAAAACUGGGAUAGAAGGUGGGAUAGAGCAGCAGCAGCAGCAUGGGGACGCAGACGCUGAAGGGAGUGAGGGCGAAUGGGAGGGAGAAGCUGAGAGAGAGCAGCAGCAGCAGCAGCAGCAGCAGCAGCAGCAACAGCAGGAGGAGGAAGAGGACCAAGAAUGGCAGGAGGAUGGGGACGUGGGUGCAGGGCGGAGGGUUCUGAAGCGCCUCAAAACGGUAAAGCAGCUGCGAGAGGUGGAGUUGGAUGCAGAGGGGAGGGCAGGCGAGGAAGAAUUGGUGAAGGGGAAAGGUAGGAGUAACGGAGGCAAGGCACCUAUUGGUGCAGCAGCGAAGCGGGGGAGGAAGAAGGCGUGUGUUGAGGGUGGGAAGGGUGCAGAAGAAGGGGAAGGGAGAGGGAAAGGAGGUGCAGGGAUUGGGAGAGAGGAGACACGAGGGGAGCUCGAAAUGGCUGGAGACAAGGGGGAGCGGAAGAGGAAGUGCGUUGAGAGUGGGAAGGGUGCAGAGGAAGGGGGGAGAAGAGGGAAAAGAGGUGGUGCAGGGAUGGAGUGUGAUGUGAGGAGGAGAGGAAAGGCAAUCGGUGCUGAGAACGAGGUAUGUGUGGGGGGAGAGAUUGAUGAAGAGUUGGGUGUUGAGGGAGAGAGUGAUAAUGCCGUUGUGAUAGUGCAUGGGGAGGAGAGUGAUGAUGAUAUUGUGAUGGUGCACGGAGGUGCGGAGGACGCUGAGGGUAGGGAGGACGUUGUGAGUGAGGCGGACGUUCAGGGUGAGGAGGAAGAGUCGGGUGAAAUUUCACGCAAAAGGGCACUUGCUGCUGCAGCUGUGGACGGGGCUGGUGUGGGUGCAAGGGCCGAAGCUGCUGGGACUGGUAGGAAGAGGGGGCCGAAGCGGGCAGAGGAGGGCAGUGGUAGGGGUGUGAAGAGCAGAGGAAGGAAGAGAGUGAGUGGGAGCUCGGGUGGAGAGGAAGAGGAGAGCGCAGAGGAGAAAGGUGCACGCAAGAAAGGGGGUGCUCCUACUGCUAAACCUGCUCUUAGAGCCAAAGCUGCCGCUACUGCCAAGCCUGCCGCUACUGCCAAGCCUGCUCCUACUGCCAAGCCUGUUCCCACCACCAAACCUGCUGCUCCAACCACCAAGCUUACUGCUACCAAAGCUCGCGCUGAUUCCCUGACUCCUAUCACGCGGUUUUUCCAGCCAAUCAGCAGCUCCAGCCCCAGUGGCAGCGGUGGUGGCGCGGGUGGUGCUGCUGCUGGUGCUGCUGGUGCUGGUGGCAGCAUUGGUGGUCGUGCCAGCAGCAAGAGCUGCAGCCAGGCAGACGGGCAGAAACGAGACCCUGUGGCAGCAACAAAACGGGGGGACGAACGGAGCGAACCAGAGGGCAGUGGAGGCAAGGGAGGGGCGGAGAUGAGCAUGUGGGGCGGCGGAGAACGGUGGUUCCUUCUGGGGGGGUCGUCUCGCAGUGAAGGGCAACUGAGGGCCAUUGUCACCCGGCUGGGAGGCCGCGUGUGCGGAGAGGCAGGGGGCUCUGAAGGGAGAGUGGGAGGUGGGAGAGGAGGGAGGAGAGGUGAGAAGGGGGAGGGAGCGGAGCUGCAGUGGCAUCCCAAGGCCACGCAUGUCAUCCUACCGCCGCCCCUGAAACGCACUGAGAAGCUCAUUGCUGCCCUGGCUGCUGGACGGACACCCCUGCUCACCUCAUGCAUGCCUAUUUGUCUGCCACUGAAGCUCCUUACUGGCUCAUGUUCUCUUCCUUUACCUAUUGACCCCUCCCUCUCGUUCAACGUCUCCCCAUUCGCCCUCCAUUGGUGCUCACACCAGGCUACCUCACAGCCAGCGCAGCAGCAGGCCAUUUCCUCUUCUCCCUCUUCCCACUUUCACAGCGGGCCACUCAAAGGGGUCGUUUCCUCUCCACGCCUCUCCCUUUCUAACCCCUUGCAUUGCAAACCACACCCCAGGUGGGUGCUCACACCAGACUACCUCACACCAGACUACCUCACAGCGGGCCACUUCCUCCCGGAGGGCCGCUAUGAGUGGCGGGGCGAGGGCAGCAACAGGAACGGCAAACUGACCCUUGCACACCCAUCACUGUCUUUCCACACGCCCUCCACCCCAGGUGGGUGCUCACACCAGACUGCCUCACAGCAAGCGCAUCAGCCGGCCAUUUCCUCCCAGAGGGCCCGUUUGAGUGGCGGGGCGAGGGCAGCAACAGGGACGGCAGAAACUCACCCUUGCCCUCUCGUCACUGUCUUUCCAUACGCCCUCCACCCCAGGUGGGUGCUCACACCAGACUGCCUCACAGCAAGCGCAUCAGCCGGCCAUUUCCUCCCAGAGGGCCCGUGGGUGCUCACACCAGACUACCUCACAGCGAGUGCCACAGCAGGCCAUUUCCUCCCAGAGGGCCCCUAUGAGUGGCGGGGCGAGGGCAGCAACCGGGACGGCACGGUGGAGCUCGCAGCUCCCAGCCAGUGGCGCCGGCAGUGCGAGAGGAAUGGAGGCAGAGGCGCGUUUCAUGGGGCACGGGUGCUGCUGGUGCCUCCUUCUGAAAGCCCUUCCUCUAUGGUAUGGGGCGCCGGCAGUGCGGGCGAAACGGGGGGAGGGGAGCGUGGGGCACGGGUGCUGCUGGUGCCUCCAUCUGACAGCCCUUCUUCUAUGGACGUGCUGCAUCGCAUUCUCACAGCAGGGGGUGCGGCUGUGACUCGAGCCUCGGAGCCCUGUGUGGCAGCGGCACUCGCACCACAGUUUGACUUUGUCGUGCUCAAGCCAGAGACGUCUGAGAGAGACCCGGUGGCCCGUCGCCUGCUGGCCCCCUCGCGCCACAACUCCCCCGCGGUGGUCUCCCCCGACUGGUUCAUCGCCCUCCUCGCCCGCCCCUCCUGCAUGCAUGCCUCCCCGCUGCCACACGUGCUAUUUGACACCGAGCCAGCUGUCAUCGCCUCAUUGGCCGACGUACGCAGCAGGCAGAAGGGUUUGAGGGCACCAGUGAAGCAGGAGGAAAAGGGGAGGGAGGAGGGCGAGGAGGGGAAAGGGGGGGGAGAGGAGGAGGUAGAAGAGGAGGGGGAGGUGGAUGGGGAGGAGGAGGGAGAAGAGGAGGGGAAGGAGGAGAGGGAGGAAGGAGUGGAAGCUGUCAAGGAAGCUGUUGAGAAGAGAAAGAAGCGCAUACUUUCGUCAAACCGACUUGACACAGUGAAUGCGGAUAGUGAGAAAGGUGAUGAUGAGAGUGGUUCUUGGGAGGCCACGGCUCAUGUGCGUCUGGAUUGUUCCUAUGGCGGUUGUGUCAGUCUCACCUGCCACCUCCCACUUGUUGGCAGCCACUCUUGGAGACUUGGCGGGCAUUGCUCCAUCCGCCGCUCUCCACCAUUGGUUGACCGCACUACCCUUGCACCCGUCCCCGCAACUCUUCCCCGCACCCCCGCUUCCAACCCCCCAUUCCCCGCCAACUUUCCGCUCGCGUUUUACCCCAACACCACCUUCCGCCAAUCACGGAUCUUCGGCCAGCACUGUCCCUCCCUCCCUCAUGUCCACAUCUUCCCUGUGUGCCGAUUUGCUUCCUCCCCUGGACUCAACCAGCAGCAACUCCUAGUGGCGGAAAAUCUGGGCGAGAUUCUGCGUGGUGACAGAAUUGAGAACUCUCCCUAUCAGUUUCAAAUGAGGAUCGACGAGCAGUGCAAGAUCGUCUGCAGAAAGGCGAAGGUUCCCCUUGAGGAGGCUCUUCAAUUCCAGGAAAAGAUCGAUGACGAAUAUCGCGUCUUCAUGAUCCUUGAUAAUCUGCCAGCGGCCAUGGUCAGGAUGCGCGCGGAGGAAGGUGGUGAGUCCAUCAAGACUUAUGAGCGUGGAUUUCCUGUGGGAUUCAAGGCUCCUUCCGAAACGAAUGGGCCCGAUGAGUAUUUCUUGCACAACCACCUGCGAUUCACUGUGUUGUUCCACAAAGAUCCCACGAACAAUCUGGCUCGCGUCGUCGGUUUCGAAGUCGAACCUUUCAGUGUGAAGCACCAGUACGAGGGAACCUACAACCCGGCGAAGCCUAUCCUCACGACCUGCAACCCAGGAAACCCGACUCAGCAUGUGGACAGCGGCAUGCCACCGCAGCCGAUCACGGAGAACGAGGAGGUCAUCUUCACCUACGAUGUGAUGUUCAAGCCUAGCAACGUGAAGUGGGCGUCGCGCUGGGACACGUACCUUCUCAUGACGGACGACCAGAUCCACUGGUUCUCCAUCAUCAACUCCCUCAUGAUCGUCCUCUUCCUCUCGGGCAUGGUUGCCAUGAUCAUGAUGCGCACUCUCCACCGCGACAUCUCCCAGUACAAUCAGUUGGAGACUCAGGAGGAGGCACAGGAGGAGACUGGGUGGAAACUGGUCCAUGGUGAUGUGUUCCGCCCACCCAACUAUGCUGGCCUGCUCUGCGUGUAUGUCGGCACGGGUGUGCAGCUGUUCUUCAUGACACUUGUCACGAUGGUGUUUGCCCUUCUCGGGUUCCUCUCCCCAUCCAACCGUGGUGGUCUUAUGACUGCCAUGCUUCUGCUCUGGGUCUUCAUGGGUCUCUUGGCUGGAUACUCGUCCGCCCGCCUCUACAAGGCCUUCAAGGGCACUGACUGGAAGCUGAACACCAUCCGCACUGCAGUCACCUACCCGGUUGUUGUCUUCGUCAUCUUCUUCAUGCUUAACAUUCUGAUCUGGAAGGAGAAGUCCUCUGGAGCCGUUCCGUUCGGCACCAUGUUCGCUCUCUUCUUCCUCUGGUUCGGCAUCUCUGUGCCUCUAGUCCUUCUGGGAAGCUACUUUGGCUUCAAGAAGCCUGCUAUUGAGGAUCCAGUCCGCACAAACAAGAUUCCGCGACAGAUCCCCGAGCAGGCGUGGUACAUGCACCCCGUGUUCUCCAUCCUCAUUGGAGGCAUUCUGCCCUUCGGUGCGGUGUUCAUCGAGCUGUUCUUCAUCCUCACCUCCAUGUGGCUGCAGCAGUUCUACUACAUCUUCGGCUUCCUCUUCAUCGUCUUUGUCAUCCUCAUCAUCACGUGCGCAGAGAUCACCAUUGUGCUCUGCUACUUCCAGCUCUGCAGUGAGGACUACCGCUGGUGGUGGAGAGCGUAUCUGACUUCCGGUUCAUCGGCUCUUUACCUCUUCCUCUAUGCGACUUUCUACUUCUUCACCAAGCUGGAGAUCACCAAGCUCGUGUCAGCUAUCCUUUACUUUGGCUACAUGGUCAUCAUCUCCUACAGCUUCUUCAUUCUCACAGGGACCAUUGGAUUCUAUGCAUGCUACUGGUUCGUGCGCCUGAUCUAUGCAUCGGUCAAGAUUGAUUGA